ACAUAAGUCAGUUCAGUGACAUUUUUGUGACCAUUGCAUAAAAAUGUGAUACGUACUUACUACGCAGUAGUGAGCACAAUAGGUUUUAGAAAGGACAAAAAUACUAUUAUUAAUAUGUAAAAUGUCACAAAAAUAAUGUAUAAAAGUACACUUUUACAUAUUGAAAUUAACAUAACCAACUAGAAUUAUUUUAACAAAUGUCGCCCCCUAAACAACCACAAAGAUUAUUUCAAUUAAGCAUUAAGAGUUGUUUAAAUGUAAUUAAUUACGCUUGUUACGUUAUCGAAAAAAGUUGUUCAGAGGGAGAGUUCGAUGAGUGUGAAAAAAAAGUAUAUUCAUUGAAAUGCCACCUGAUGACUGUUUUACCAUGCAGGUUAUUCGAUGUCCUCUGUUCAGAACGAACAUGCUGCCAGUACCGUGGCGAUCCUCGUAUUCAGCUCCACGUGUUGACGCAUCCCAACAUGACAGUCUUCCGCAAAUGCGAUCUCGAUAACUCAAUACCCCAACCAUUCUGGAUCGAAACUCUCUCGAAAUUCAGUCGUCUUGUCGUUCUCGACCUCAAAUUCAUAUGCACAGACGAAAUACUCAACGUAGUCGGCCUGAAUUGUCUCCUUCUCGAGGAACUAAACAUAGUCUCGAAAGUUGAUAUAUACAAAUCUCUUUUUAAUGCAUCCGUUUUGAUCAGAAAUGUGUCUGAUGCUGGUUUAUACUCGAUUGCGCCAUUGAAACUUUUACGUAUUCUAGCGAUGGACCCGCCACGGAACGAACGAGCCAACCGCGUCGGCCGUUGCGUCUCUCAAGCCGGCAUCAUCAUGUUGAUAAACGAAUUACCGCGUUUAGAAGAACUGAGAAUCGAAUCCUGCGAUAUCGGUUCCACCUUAAUCGGCACUGUCAUGGAAAUAGGUCCUUUGAGUCUUCAGAAAGUCAACUGUCAUUACGCUUCAGCUGACGGUAUUCGAAAACUAAUAAACAUAUGUCCGUGCUUACGUGAAUUAUCAAUCACGCACUUGUCCGAGCAUAACAAAGACGCUAUAUUAGAGCAGAUUUCAACCAGUGAACUAAGACUGAAUAGGUUAAAUUUAUCUUUCUUCUCAUACUCGGAGUCAAUGCAGAAACUCCUACUAUUCAAGGGCUGUUAUUUGACUCAUUUCUCUCUGUGGGAAAUCGAGAACUCUUUGACUUUGGACGCGAUUUUAUCGAUAGGACUAUGUUGCACGAAUUUGAACUCUCUCUAUUUAAUGAGUCAAUCUAAAAGCUUGGAGGUGCCGAGAUAUUUCCAGCGACCAAAUAAUAUCUUCAACAAUUUACAGCACCUAACAAUAGGCAACGAUACAUUUAGUAUUGAACAGAUUUUAACUUUUUUCCUUAAUUGUACGAGCAAUCUUCAAACACUGGUACUGAAAUAUCAAACUAAAGUCAACAUUGAUAAUACUUUGUCUAGCUUACUGCGUAAAGGAUGUUUCAAAAACAUCGACAAUCUAUGGUUAGACUGCACUUUGGAGGUUUCAAAAAACGUGGUAAAAGAUAUAAUACAAAGUUGUGACAAACUACAAAUGUUGACUGUAGAUCUAAAUGAGGACACAAGCGACUUUCAUAGGUACAUCAGCGAUAAUAAUUUGGAUCUAAAACUAGGUAGUUAUUAGGAUUAAUUACUGUAUGUACUGUAUUUAUUUUAAUAAUAAAAUAUUUUACUAUUGACAUUGUUUUUGUUCUUCUGUUAACUUUUCUAAUCCUGACAAUAUGGCUUGUUUCAGAUUGUAGAAUACUAACCAAAUCCCCACUUUAUGUUAAAAAAUUAUAUUCUAAAACCACAACAAUUAUACUUAAUUAACAGAAACUAGCGAAAUCCGAAACCCCAAUCUGUUUAUCGCUAAGUUUAUCAAUUAUCAUUGUUUUUUUUCAUUUAUCAUUCUUGCAACUGUUAGCGCGCUACUUACCGUUCGUCAAUCGUACUGUGAUACAAAACCUGUUCCUAAAUGCCAAAAACUAUUAAGAUUAAUCAAUCACAGACCGAGUAAACUGGAAGUAGAAACGAAACCUUAUGAAUCAUUCUAUCUCACUCUCACACAGGUCAUAUGUUUCGUCUCUUUCGUUUCAUCGAGAUUCAAAUCAAAUCGACGCCAAUAUACU